GAGCACUAGGGGCUAGGGCAUUCAGAUUCGCAAAGUUGUGGAAAAAUUCCAGAGUCGUUUGCUAAGAAUCACCAGGGUGCUUGUUACAUAUGCAGAUGACCACGCCCUUUCUCCAAAUUCUAAUUCCAAAGGCCUGGAAUCAAUAGUUUAACAAACACCCCAGGUGAUGCUUAUCUUCGGGCAAGUCCAGACUUGGUGCCAUUCACUGAUUUAUUUACUCACCUAAGAUUCUUCAGGUCCCAAAGAUGGUAUUAAGGGAGCAGGAUGAACAAGACAGUGUCAGCUUUAAGGAGCUAGCAGGUGGCUGGGUGAGCAGCGUGUCCAGGGCCCGCGUGGUCUGCAGCUCAGGUGUCCUGAUCCCAGCGGGGUGGGAGGACAUAGGUUUGGAGCUCCGGGCUGAGCCUGCUGGGCCUCAUUCCAUUUCCUAACACCUGCUCUGGUCUGAAGCUGUGGUUCUUGCCAGCUAGAGGCAUCCUGUGAAAGACACUGAGGUGUGUAAAGCACUUCGCGCCGCGCCUGGCACACAAUGUGGAGGUCGACGGGCAGAACUGGACCUUCGCUUUUGACUUCUCCUUCCUGAGCCAAGAAGAGGACCUGGAGUGGGCCGAGCUCCGGCUGCAGCUGCCCAGUGCUGGGGCCUUCGCUGCCGAGGAGCCACUUUCCAUUGAGAUUUUCCACCAGCCCAAGCCAGACUCGCAGCAGGCCCAAGGCGGCUGCUUAGAGCGGCUUCAGAUGGACCUGUUCACAGUUACUCUGUCCCAGGUCACCUUUUCCUCCGGCAGCAUGGUCCUGGAGGUGACCAGGCCCCUCUCCAAGUGGCUGAAGCACCCUGGGGCUCUGGAGGAGCAGAUGUCCAGUGUGGCCCGAGAGUGCUGGCCGCGGUCCCGGACACCGCCCGUGGACAACGUGCUCCUCGUGCUCUACUCCAACCUCCCGCGGGAGCAGAGGCGGCUGGGCGGCUCCACCUUGCUGUGGGAAGCUGAGAGCUCCUGGCGGGCCCAGGAGGGCCAGCUCUCCCAGGAGGCCGGCAGCAGGCACCGACGACAUCACUUGCCAGACAGAAGCCAACUGUGUCGGAAGGUCAAGUUCCAGGUGGACUUCAACCUGAUCGGAUGGGGCUCCUGGAUCAUCUACCCCAAGCAUUACGACGCCUACCGCUGUGAGGGCGAGUGUCCCAACCCCGUGGGGGAGGAGUUCCAUCCCACCAACCAUGCGUACAUUCAGAGUCUGCUCAAACGUUACCAGCCCCACCGGGUCCCUUCCACCUGCUGUGCCCCAGUGAAGACCAAGCCCCUGAGCAUGCUGUACGUGGACAACGGCAGAGUGCUCCUAGAUCGCCACGAAGACAUGGUCGUGGAAGAAUGUGGGUGCCUUUGAGGCGAUCCUGGAGGGAUGCUGGAUUUGCCUACACUCCGAAAGGUUGGGAAGCUUCUGGAAGACGUGACAGCCAUCUAUCUAAUGCAGUGAGGAGAAACAGAGGGGAGACGCUGCCCUGCCCACCAGAACUGAAGAGGAAGGGGCUGCCCACUCUGUAAAUGAAGGGCUCUCUGGAGUCUGGCCAAGCACAGAGGCUGCAUCCGGAAGAGGGAGGAGGAAGCCCACGCAGGGCACUUGCUAGGUUUUCUCUUUACUAAAAAGACAGUGGCAAGUAAAAGCACAAGUGCAAGAGUUCUUUAUUGGAUUUUUUUUUAAACCUGUGAACCCCCUGAAAUUGUAUGCAAAAGUUGGGACAUAAUGUGCCUUUAUUUUUGAGGUGGGACAAAGUCAUCUGUAGCUUUCAUAUGAUCUGUGACCUGCCCCUCCCCAAAGAUUAAGUGCCACUGU